AUGAGCCAUUUGUGCCGCUUCUUCAUCGCCAACCUGCUCAUUCACAUUCCUAUUCUUACCGAACAGGAUGUGGGCGACUACGAGACCAUGGUCAAGGCAAAGAAACGCCUGCUGGCUUGCGCAAUGGUCUACGUCGCCGCGAGAUAUGUCCCGGGGUGCAAGACCAUCCAGACGAUGCUCCUGGCCGACAUUCUGACCAUUAUCAAACCCUUGCCGCACGGUUGUGACGAGGAAACGCGGUGGACGAAUCUGCAAGCACUCGCAGUCUUGUACAACUGGGCCGUCCCACUGGACCUUGCGUCGCGUACAGACUCCGACCGGUCCAAUCCCGUCCUGCAGUACGAUGCCUUGAGGGCUCCGAUAGAGACUGUGGCCCGACAGUGUUCGCUACACAGGGCAGCUGAGGACCUGGCCACCAGUUUGGAGCAGCAUCACAACGACUUGGAUGUGCACCAAACUAUUGCAUUUCGCAAAUAUUUAUUCUGGCUUUGGUUAUUUGGAGUGGUGCAUCUCCGCUCGCUCUGGGCACGCAGCCCUCCAAGUAUCCAGCCGGACUCCUCCAUCCGCUCUUGCCGGCGGCUUCUCCAGAAUCACUUCCAUGACGACCAGGUGCGCCGGAUCCUCUCCCAAGUUGAGUUGUGUUUAAUCUGGACCCAUCCCACUCAUCGUGAGUGGUGGUGUUCGCUACCCAGUGAAAAUGACCUGGAGUCAACCCUGGCCGUGCUCAAGGACAUGGACGAGGCUCUGGAAAGUUGGCGUCGAACAUGGUUUCCGCCUGACCAAACACGGUCGAACAAAAGCCAAAGCCACACCAUCGACUUUCAAUACUGCUUCUCUCGCCUUUGCGUCAGUGCGUAUGUGACCAAACUCCAUCAGCUUUUGGCCUCGGCGAGAACUUCCCCGCUCGUCACUCUGAGCCUGAUCACCAAGACGAUCGAACGAGCGUCUCAGUUCAGUCGUCUGUUUCUAGGUCUCCGACCACUGUCCAAGUCUGUUGUCCGCUUUGGGCCGGAAGACACCUUUGCCAUGCUCACGCUGGGAUGCCACUAUGUUCUUUGCGCCCACCGGCUCUUGGCGGAUGCGGACAUCGUCAAACCCGGCCACCUCAGCAUCGUCCGGUCAAUGGCGGAGCUUAUGGUCGAGCUGGGGAUUGACAGCAAGCAUAGCGGCCGCGUCUACGGUGAAAGUCUGCUGGGUAGCCUCCCACCACAACUCCAAGCAACCCAACCAAACACGUCUUAUUGGCAUGCUUCGCCAUCACAGCCACCAGAGCUGCAAAGUCCAGAAGUGGAGCGGACGGUAUCGGCAAGCUCGAAGGUUUGGACAUGCUCCCAACCCGUCAACGCAGGCCCACCUGGAUCACGACAAUUGUUCGAGGUGGCCGCUGCUCUGGACCAGGUGUGGCCUUUCUCGGCCGUGUCCAUGCGAGACAAACAUACACCUCUGCCGCGGACGGCACUAUGGACGAGCGGCGAAACAGGCACCCAAGCGGGCCAGCAGAGCCAGCAGCCUAUGGCUGUUGCGCCGAGUGCUACCGGUCCUGACGUGAUAGGGCUCGGGUUCGACUACGACGGAUCAGCACCGCUUAUCUACGCUCCAGGAGAUGAAAGUAUAAGCUAUACGACGUGA